UAUUUUAUAUAAAGUAACUGUGACGGAAGUUGAGAAAUUUCAUUAAGAAAGUUAUAUUUGAUUUUUCUUCCAGCUCGUCGAGAGCAAAUGGAUCGGUACGUGGCACGAAUGGAAGGUGAGAAGUACGUGGCUGAAGUGCCUGUCGGUAAUUCCGCAGAUGGUCAUGCUGCCGAUCAUCGCGUUCAUCGUGUUGCUCGCACCGAACUCGAAGCGAGCCCAGUUUUAUGAAAUCCCGGUUAACAAAUUUCUCUCCUCCGUGGCGAAUUACCUGAUAUUCCUCACAUUCGUAUUUUUGCAGUCGCGCAGCGACAAGAUCGAACAGCUUCGCGGGCCGCCCAACACUGGUGCCAAUGCACGCCUGAUUAUCUUCGAUCGAAGUCGGAUCUUAAUCGAGUAUUUGUCGUUUUAAUCGAGCGUUUGUUUUUUCUUUAGGAUACGAAUGGAUUCUCGCCAUUUACGUGAUAUCGUACACAUUCGCAUUCAUUCGACUCUGCAUCGUGGACGGUCCGAUUAGAACAUUUAGAACACGUACAAAUUGGUAUGAGCUGGUUAUGAUCAUGCUGUUCAUCCUGACGUUUCUCUUCUGGAUAGUUGCUGCGGUGGAUGUUAGGAUAAACGGCCAACGUGAUCUAGAAAGAAAAUAUUGGCACAAAAACGACCCAACAUUGAUAGCGGAAGGGAUAUUUUGCCUCGCGACUAUUAUGGCUUUUUUUAAACUUUUAUUUAUCUGCCAGCUAGACUACGAUCUGGGACCAUUGCAGAUUUCUUUAGUUAAGAUGAUCAGAGACGUUCUCCACUUUGUUGCAAUAUUCGGUAUCAUCACCAUCGCGUUCACAGUCGGAUUGUGUCAUCUUUAUCAGUAUUACAACGGAAUGGUGCAGACCGAUGACGAGUCGAAACUGAAGACGGAGCAAGAAACUUCCUUUGUCGACUUUAAGUCCACUCUAAAAACUCUCUUCUGGGCUGUUUUCUGCAUGAGUCCCGUAGAAAGCGCCGACGUGAUCAUCGAGAACCUUCCAGGUGAAAGAGAGUCAGAGACGAUAAUCAAUCAUCAUACGUUCACCGAAUUUAUCGGUUACUUUGCUUUUGCCAGUUUCCAAAUUAUUUCCGUGGUGAUCGUUUUGAAUAUGCUGAUUGCGUGUAUGGCAAAUACGUUCACCAAGGUGACUGACAACGUCAACGUGGAAUGGAUCUUUGGUCGAACUGAACACUCUACGGCAUUGGAUUUGCGAAGUGAGAUGGAUGAAAAAAUUUCCAUCUUUCUGGUUAUCGUUCUUGCGAUCGGCGGUUUGAUGAUGAUGACCGCGCUGCUGGUUUGCUACGCUUGCAUCUUUCGAGAUUUAUGUUGUCGGCCUGAAGGCAGAUCCAAAAGGCGAUGUCAACAAAACCCUCGACAAGAAUUCGAUAAUCCUAACAGAAUUAGAGACGCGAUACCUUUGAAUGAUAUGACACAAGGGGAAAGUAUGCCCACAGAAUCUGAGAAGAUUUAAGCGGAAAGCAAAAGAUUUCGAUGUGUAAAAAUUAAAAGACAUUGUUUCCAGCGGCAAUAGUAAAAAAACUAAAUAUAAAAAUCAAGUAAAUAAAAACAUAA